CCCCUUCUCUCUCACUCUUCUCUUUCCUGGUACGUGACACUAACAAUAACUAAACCAAAUGUUUGGCAACUCCGGUGCCGGAAAACAGGUCUUCCCAAUCGAUUACCAGGCUGAAGUUUCUCAGCUUCUCGUUGAUGCAUGUCAUAGUAAUGACUCGAAGUUGGCGAGUGAAUGUCUCGCUGAUCCUUUCGUGGACGUGAACUUUAUCGGGACGGUGAACUUGAAGACGAAGAAGACGGAGGUUUUACUCCGAGAUGAAUCGCCACAUGAAGUUCAUGUCGAGUAUGAGGAGUUCAAGACUGAGGUGACCGCUCUUUUCCUCGCUGCUCAUGCCGGAAAUUUAACGCUCGUCAGGAUGUUACUGAGCGUCGGUGCCAGUGUGAAUCAGAAACUGUUUCGAGGCUAUCCCACGACAGCAGCAGUAAGAGAGGGUCAUUUGGAUGUAUUAGAGGUGCUUAUAAAAGCUGGAGCAUCUCAGGAGGCAUGUGAGGAGGCUUUAUUAGAGGCAAGCUACCAGGGGUUGGCCAGGCCUGCAGAGCUGCUCAUGGGGUCUGACUUGAUACGCCCACAGGUUGCUGUUCAUGCUCUUGUCUCUGCUUGCUGUAGAGGGUACGCCAAUGUAGUUGACACCCUAAUUAAGUGGGGAGUAGAUGCCAAUGCAAUUGACAGGGUUCUGCUUCGUUCUUCCAAGCCAUCACUGCAUGCCAAUGUUGACUGUAACGCGCUUGCUGCUGCCAUUGUUAGCCGACAGAUAUCGGUCGUUAGAUUGCUGUUGCAGGUCGGUGUCAAGAUGGACACCAAGGUGAGGUUGGGAGCCUGGUCUUGGGACAUGGAUAGUGGCGAAGAAUUCCGAGUUGGUGCCGGAUUAGAUGAGGCUUAUAGCGUCACCUGGUGUGCUGUGGAGUAUUUUGAAUCAAGUGGUACUAUAUUGCUCAUGCUCCUCCGACAUCUCCCCGUUAACACUCUUCACAUGGGGAGGGCUCUUAUCCAUCACGCCAUCCUAUGCGGCAAUGCAAGAGCGGUAGAAAUGCUAUUAAACUGUGGUGCAAAUAAAGAACUUCCGGUUAAAACUUCUAAAAAUGAGUGGCGCCCCGUCCAUUUAGCUGCACGGCUUGGCUCAGCCAAAGUUCUUGAGGAGCUGACGCUCGCUGGCUGCAAUCUCAACUCCAGGACGGAUUCUGGAGAAACUGCCUUAAUGAUAUGUGCUAGACAUAAGCAACAAGAAUGUCUAAAAAUCCUGGCCUCAGCUGGUGCUGAUUUUGGAUUGAUCAAUUCAUCUGGUCAGUCUGCUAGCUCAAUUGCAAGGUCUGCUAAAUGGGCUCUUGGCUUUCAGCAAGCAGUGAUUGAUGUGAUUCAAGCUGGGAAGAAAGUAAUAUCAAGCAACCUCUCAAAAUUUUCUCCCUUAAUGUUUGUUGUUCAAGCAAAUGAUAUUAAGGCCUUAAGAAAGCUCAUUGAGCGGACGGACAUCGAUCUUGAUGAACAAGAUGAUGAUGGAUUCUCUGCAGCUAUGGUAGCUGCUGCCAGCGGUCACGUGGAAGCUUUCAGAUUACUGGUCUAUGCAGGGGCUAAUGUAAAGCUGCAGAAUAAAUAUGGGGAAACCGCAAUCAGCCUAUCAGAGUCAAGCCACCACGGUGAAGUCAUCGAAAGGGUAAUGCUUGAGUAUGCAAUUGAAGAGGGAUAUAACUAUUCUGCUGGAGUUCAAGCUCUACAUCGCGCAGCGCACUGGGGUGACAUUGAUUUGGUUCAUAUGUUAACUAGAAGAGGUUACGAUGUCAAUGCUUUUGACACUGAUGGAUACUCUCCUCUAAUGUUAGCCGCAAAGAGAGGCCACAAUAGAGUGUGCGAGCUUUUAAUUUCAUGUGGAGCAAUCUGUGAUAUUGAAAAUGCAAGAAAAGAAACUGCACUCUCACUCGCCAGGAAUAAUGGCUAUGGAAAUGAAACGGAAAAUAUAAUAUUAGAUGAACUUGCUAGACAACUUGUUCUAGAUGGGACUCGAGUCAAGAAGCAUACAAAAUGUGGAAAAGGAUCUCCGCAUUAUAAAGAAUUAAGGAUGGAAGGUACUGUUGGAGUUUUAAGAUGGGGAAAAUCAAGCAAGAGAAAUGUAAUUUGUAGGGUUGCCGAGGUCGGUCCAAGCUCAAAAUUCCGGUGGAAUCGCAGGAGAAAAUUUGAUGUUGAAGACCCUGGAGUUUUCCAUGUGAUCACUACAAAGAACAAGGAAGUGCAUUUUGCGUGUGAAGGUGGAGUAGAAAUGGCAGAGUUGUGGGUAAGAGGAAUCAGGCUCUUGACUAGAGAAGCAAUCUUUGGCAAGAAACAGGUGAUUUGUGAAUGAUGAAUGACAAGUUUGCUUGCUGUGGGAAAUGCUUCAUCUCAAUGUAUUUUUCAUUUUUUUUUUUUUUGUACUUUUACUCCAUUGUAAAGAUUUUUUGUUCUUCAGAUAUUGAUGCAGACUUGCUUGUACAAUUUGCUUUUUGUUUUUUUAUAAUCUAAAUUGCUUUUGCUUCAUUGAGUAAA